AUGAAUCGCCAACGACCGCGCCUCAAGAAUGGAGUCGAUCUCCAGCUCCAGUCAGCCUUUCAGGACGGAAACUGGCCGGUGGUGAUACGCUUGGCCGAGAAGCGGGCAAAGACGCUCAACGAGCAGUACUACGAGCUUGUCAAAAUCUGUGGCGAGAGCCAGCUUGAUGAUCCGACCGCCAAAUUUUCUGCCGUUGCGGCCAUCUGGAAGUUUGUCAAUGAGGGCACCACGAUCAAGGAUGUAGAUGCCAUUGAUCUGAUGGAAUGGGCCACCACGAAUCUGAUGGACCCGGAUGAUUUCGCCGAAACUCUCGGGCCGCUAAGAGUACGCUGCGUCAAAGCUGCCCCAAAGGACAAGAUUGCAGCCUCACGAUGUCUAGAAUCGUGUUUGCUUCACUGGGACUUAGCCAGCGCUCAACAGAUGAGUCCUCAAACCUCUCCCGACAAGAGGAAACUCUACGGUACCUUGGCUCAGAAGCAGAUUGAGCGAGCUGCCCAAGCCACAGAACAGCUGGAAGCAGACUCAAACGGGGCAUCAGCCAAAGCUUCGCCUAGGCGCGUCAAGACAGAAGAAGAGACUCUCUUGUUGUAUGACAUUGUCGAGACCCAUGGAAGUCCCCAAGACUUUCAGAAACUCAUCUCCAGUCCUGUCUUCUCUCCCGCUGCACAGUUCCGCCUCGGCCGAAAAGAGGUCGCCCUUCGCGUUGUUGCCAAGUUCAGGCGGGAUGGUGACUGGCCUGCUGUGUUCAACCUCUGCAAGGAAUGUCUCUCUGACUGCGAUGCGGAUGGUCAACUCACCUUGCUCGCAUCCGAUAUUGCUGUAUGGCGGCACUUGAUUGAUGCUGCAAGCCACAUCAAGGAUGCAGAUCCAGAGUCUACCGCCGUCGUCCAGAAGUUACUUGCUGACUUACUAUCGUCUAAGCACAUGCGACCCAUGUACAGACGUAAUAUUCUACUGGCUAGAGUAUUGGCAGUAUUUCAGCUUGCCCACGAGGAUGAAAGCGACUUGGUAGACGGUCGCCCUUCCUCGCUACGGCUUCGAGAGCUCAUUCACUACAUCGACGAUCAGUAUACCAGCCCUGCGUGUUUCAAUGACAUCAAGUUGCUGCUGGAAAGUCUGGAUGUAGCCGGUCUGAAGUACCUGGCGUUUGAGCAUUUACCUCAAUUGGCCGGCGGCGCUUUCACAGACUUCAAAGGAGCCAGCACACAAUUGUUGGCACUAAAGACGCAGUACUUGCUCUUGACGCAUCGCAAAACGAAAUCCCGCGACCAGAGUCAGCUUCUUAAGUGCACUGUCUGCCAUGGUACUGUAGAAUCAGCAUUAUGCCAGACUUGCCUCUCAAAGCUAUCCAAGGCGAGCGCCACGUUCUACGACUCAGUCACAAAAGCGGACAAUGUAAACACGAAGAUCAAGACUGAGGUUCUCCCAGAACUUGCAAUGUUGAUUGCGUUUUGCAGCUUGAGCCUUGCUUUCGACGACUCCACGCAGACUAGUCAGCCGUUAUCAUCACAGGCCAGGCGCCAUCUCAUACGUGCUACUCUUCUCCUGGAUGACCAGCUCGCUCAGAACCCUGGCCAUAGCCAGCUGUCUCUUGUUCUAACGCAGCUACAUAUCCGCCUCGGUUCCGCCUACAGGGCCAGCGAUAUUUGGGAUGUUAUCGGCGUCAAGCGCACCAUCAUCGACUCUCUCGGCCCUGUAUUCUACGAUCGCCUAUCAACAAUUGCCCCUGCGCUUCUGUCGUCUUAUGAUAGCUGGGGCAGCCACCUCAUGGAUUUGCUUCAGUCGCAUUACCAGAUAUCACUGAAGCUCAAGAUGCCCCGACGAUUGAUAGAUGCAUUUGAAUCGGGAAGCUACAGCAGUGUUAUGGGGAUUCCCGAGUAUAUUGACCGUCUUCGGAUGAGCUGCACCAGGGCAAUGAGUCUGACAGAGGCGCGGAGGAUUGAGAGAUUCCUGGGGCAGACGUCGCACGAGCUGGAGUCCGAUCCGCGAUUCAGCGAGGUAGCUGAUGAAGCGCAGCUCAUCGCGACUAUCGAUUAUGGCUCGUUUCCAUCCUGGAACAGCAGUACGGUCCGACCAAUGCAUCUCAAUCUCAGGCUCGGACCAGCCCCUUCAAAUCGUCGCUGCCAUCUCUCCUUGCUGGCCGAAGCGUUCCACGAGCUGCUGACCUACAAGCCUCCAGCCAGCUUCAAAGCCUCAGCAGGAAGCGCGGAAUAUGAUCAUAUCUAUUUCAUCGAGACCUUGGCUCGCCUUAGCAACUCCUUCCCGAAGUUUUUGGCUGGCCCCGACGAUGAAAUGACUCGACCGGAGCUUUUGUACUUUGAGGCCAUUAGCCUCCUCUGUACACUGAUGUCUCUGUGUGUCGAUUUUGAACGGACUUCUGAUAUCUCUGAUGCCUUGUUCCAGAUUAUUAGCGCGCUCAAGUUGACUCUCGAAAACCAGCGAAGCCCACCAUCACACGAUGCAGAGUCUUCAGUAGAAGGCACAGUUUCAAUGCUGGGCUCGAUGCACGAUAUCUCGAUGCUCCGAGACACGACGGCCGCGAUCAAACUGGCAAUUCAAUGGUUAUUGAGCCACAAUGAGAAAGAAAAAGCGCGCGACAGGUCAGGGAAGAGUGGUCUUCCCAAGGACCUAGUUUCCCAACUGAAGGACCUGCAGACAGCCGCCGAAACAAGCAUCAAACAAGGCCAAGGCUGGAUCUCGAAGCUAAAGACGGAAGUCAUGUCGAGGGAUUUCGAGCCCAAGCUGAAGAAAUGGGUGUUGGACGGAGAGCACGAGAUCAAGAGUAUUCUUGGCAUGGAGUCACUGCCGGGGCUCAUUGAUAGCUGGCAAUCAAACGUCAAGGGAUGGCAACAAGUGAAAUGGGCGUAG